AUGGUGCUGCAAUCCUUCAUCCAGUACAAGGCGUUUAGCCAAUCUGCGGAUGUGCAGAGGUUAUCAACUCGCAACGUCAAGCAGCCAAGCGGACCCUCCCGGGCAGCCUCCACCUUGGUGGAACAAGAUGUUGCCACCGGUGGCAAGAGGACGUCAGACAUCGACGAGGAGCGAGUCGCGGCCAAGGAGAAAUCCAGCAGCGAUGGCAAGGAUGAGUUCUUGGUGGAUUGGGAUGGAAGUAGAGAUCCGCUCAAUCCUCAAAACUGGUCUUGGUUCAAGAAGUGGAGCAUCGUAUUGCUGGUCAGUCAAAUAGCAAUCAUCGUAGGCGUGGCGGCAGGCAUCGACUCUUCAGCUGCCCAAGAAGCCGCUGCUCGUUUCGAAGUAUCGGAAGAGGUCAUGGAGCUUCAGACUGCCAUCUUUCUGGUCGGUUUCGGCGUAGCAGCUCCCUUCUUGGGCCCUCUCAGCGAGAUUGGCGGUAGAUUGCCCGUCUACGUCAUCACACUAGGCGCCUUUUGUCUCUUUGAAGUGGGCAGCGCAUUGGCUCCCAACAUUCAGACGCGCGUCAUUCUUCGCUUCUUUGCUGGUUUCUUUGGUAGCACGCCGCUUUCGAAUGCCGGUGGCUCACUCGCAGACAUUGUAGGUCCUACCGAACGCACCUUUGUCUUUCCGGUCUUUGCCGCCGCUGGUUUCCUCGGUCCGAGUCUGGGUCCUGCCAUUGGUGGCUACUUGGGCUACAAAGUUGGUCAAGAGUGGUGCGAUUGGCUCAUGGCUAUCUGGGGAGGGGCGAUCGUCAUCCUCGUCGCUCUGUUCAUGCCCGAGACUUUCGCACCUUCCUUGCUGCGCAUGAAGGCACUCCAGAUCAGAAAAGCCACCGGCGACGAGCGGUACACGACAGCGCUUGAGAGAGCCAGGAAGGACACUCCUUUCAUUCAACACCUACGUCACGCCUUCGCAAUGCCCUUCAAAUUGCUCUUCUUGGAACCCAUCGUCUUCUUCGUCGCGCUGUACAUGACGGUAGUCUACAUUGUCCUCUUUGGAGCUUUCGAAGCAUACCCUCUCAUCUUUGAGCCGUUCGAUCUCAAUCCGGGUGAAAUUGGUCUGACAUUCAUCGCCAUCGCUAUUGGUAUCGGUAUCGCAGCGACUCCAACUCCUCUGGUCUACAAGCGCUAUCUUCUGCCGCCAGAGGAGAGACUAAUUCUUGCAAUGUGCUUGAGCUGGCUCGUGCCUGUCGGUCUCUUCUGGCAAGCCUGGACAGCGUACGCAUCCAUCGGUCCUUGGCCCUGCAUCGUCGCAGGUCUUGUUUGGGGAAUUGGCGUUCUGUCCAUCUUCAUCUCCAGCUAUCAAUACGUCAUCGAUGUGUACAACGUGUGGAGUGCUAGCGCUUUGGGAAGCCUGACUUUCUUGAGAUACAUUGUCAGCGGCGGCGGCAUCAUGUGGACACGUCCCCUCUUUAUGAGCAUUGGAACUCACUGGGCAUUGAGCUUCUACGGCUUCCUGUCCGUUGUCAUGACCAUCAUCCCAUUCGCCUUCUACGUCUACGGAAAGCGCAUACGAUCGUGGAGUCGUUACGCCCUCUCGCCCGUAUAG